AUGACAGAAAUGCCGAUGUUCGGAGGAACACAUUCGUCCAAGAAUACUCCAUCUCUGACCAUCCGCGUAGCACGCAUCACUCCCGCUACCCGCGUCCCCCGCCCAGACGAUCCGACACCCCGAAUACCGCCCCGAAUACCACCUCUUCAUCUUCUCACAGGGAAACAAACAAUCGGAGAACUAGCUGCCAACACAGGAUCAAAGUCGAUGUGGAUGGCAAAGGAGAGGAUUCAGAAUCGGGAAACAGGUGGUAUAUUCAAAGUACCCGCGGCCCCCGCAAAUGAAACCAACCACGCAGCUGAUGCAGACGUCUUCGGAUCCGUGAACUAUCCUAAAAGCAAAACACGUGCAGUAGACGAGGAGAUCGGUGAUAUAGAGAAGGAGAAUAAAUCAAUCAUCAAGAAAUUCGCUGGGAGACAUCUUGAUGCAGUCGGCAUAUCCAAGUCGCAUCCGGAGUUUAAGGAGCUCUUUGAGAUCGUGUAUCGUGGUACGGCGUUUGCUAUUAGAGCGCAUGCAUGA